AUGUCUGUUGUCAAACUCCCAAGCACAAGAGAUUAUUGGUCGUCUUCCAUUGGAAUUGCUCAUGUAGCUAAUAUUAUGCCCGUCAACCGCUUUGAAAAAUUAAAAAGCAUUAUUCGUUUUGCUGACAACAACUCUGCUGACAAAGACGAUAAGCUUUUCAAGAUACGCCCUCUCAUAAACAAAAUGAAUGAACAGCUGAACAGUAUUCCAUUUGAAGAAAAUUUGGCGGUUGAUGAGCAGAUUAUUCCGUUCAAAGAGAGACAUUUAAUCAAACAAUACAACCCUAAAAAACCACACAAAUGGGGGUUUAAAGUUUUUGUUCUGAGUGGUGUCUCUGGCUUCAGCUAUAAUUUUGAAGUUUACUGUGGAGGAAGUGACUACAUUUGCUUUGAGAAUGAACCAGACCUUGGGAGGGGAAUUCAAAUGGUUGGAACUGCACGUAGGAACCGUGUUGGAAAUUGCCCAGUAUUGUCAGAUAAGGAAACGAAGCAAAGGGGUCGCGGAGCAUUUACAGAACAUGUUGCCAAGGUUGACGGAGUUGAUGUAUCGGUAGUUUCCUGGUUUGACAACAAAGUUGUAACAUUGAUGUCCAAUUUUAUUGGAAGUGAACCUUCAAUUGAGGUGUCGCGUAAACGAAAAGCAGGUCGCCCAUCACUUGCUGACAUCACACAACGUGUUGGCUCAAAAAUUGCCAUUACCCAUGAAGCAAUUCAGUCUGAUCAAGUUGGACAUUGGCCCAUUUUCAAUGAAAAGCGGACUCGUUGCAAAUAUGACAAGUGCUCUGCCUUAACAUAUUUAUUUUGUGAAAAGUGUGACACUGCUCUGUGUCUUAAUAAAGACCGCAACUGUUUUAAAGCUUUCCAUCAAUAG